AUGUCCUCUGACUCACUGCUUGCGCCGCGAGUGUUGGCAGUUGCCAGCCAUGUUGUCUCAGGCAACGUGGGAAACAAGGUCGCCGUUUUCGUGCUCCAAUCAUUGGGGUUUGAGGUUGCUGCUCUGAAUACGGUGCAGUUCAGCAAUCACACAGGUUACAUGCAAUGGACGGGGACAAGGGCCACGGCACAGGAGAUUACCGAUCUCUACAACGGUCUGAAGCAGUCGUAUCUGGAUGACUUUGACAUGAUGCUCUCCGGCUACAUCCCCGGUGCGGAGGGUGUCACGGCAGUGGGCAACAUUGCAAAGGGACUCAAGGAGAAGUUUCAGAAUUCCCCGGGCAAAUUCUUUUGGGUACUGGAUCCCGUCAUGGGAGACAACGGGAAGCUAUAUGUGGCACCGGAGGUUGUGCCCGCGUACAAAGCUCUUCUCCCGUAUGCAGACCUGAUACUGCCGAAUCAAUUUGAAGCCGAACAACUCUCAGACGUCAAGAUUGUAGACAUGGACAGUCUCACCCAGGCCAUCCAGGUGCUUCAUGAAAAGUUCAACAUCCCUCACAUCAUCAUUACCUCAGUCAGCUUCACAACCCCAGACCACCCGCCCUCGCACCUCUCCGUUGUCGGCUCUACCAUGACCUCAGACCACAAGGCUCGAACCUUCAAGAUCGUCUUCCCGUCUAUAGACUGCUACUUCUGCGGCACGGGCGACAUGUUCGGCGCUCUCAUCACAAGCCGCAUCCGCGAGGCCGCCAGUGCUGUUCCUGGCCUGCGCAGCCGUGCCAGCUGGGUCAGCGACGACGAUGUUGCCGCAACGGACCUGCCGCUAGCGAGGGCGGCGGAGAAGGUUUUGGCUAGCAUGCACCAGGUGCUGGCCAAGACGCGGGAUGCGAUGCCCGAGGUGAUGGAGAGAACUUGGGCGUUGCUGCAGACGGAUGAUAGGAACGACGAGAAGAAGGCGCACUAUGUCAAGUCGAAGGCGGCGGAGCUGCAGUUGGUAACCAACUUGGAUAGCCUGCGAAGCCCGAGUAUAUCAUUUUCGGCGAUGAAGAAUUAGAUUGGGGUGGUAAAGAGAAAAAAAAGAAAGGAAAGCGAAUUGGACAUAGAUGGAAGGGAGGCGGGCGGCGUAGAAUCAAUUCUUUUUGUGUCUAGUAUUCAUUGUUAUAGACCUAAAUCGGACGGCUGUCUUU